AUGCCCCUGGACCCCGACCACUCGCCGUCGCCGCCGCCGCAGCCGCCGCACCGCGACUGGUUCUUCCCGCCGGCGCCGCCCUUCCUCCCCUCCUCCUCCAGGUACCUCGCCCCCAGGGCCCCCUUCCCCUCCACCUCCCGCUCCUACAAGCCCUACUCGCCCGCCGACCGCCGCCCGCUCCCGCCCCCCCGCUCCCGCUCCCGCUCCCCGCACCCCUCGCCGGAGCAGCAGUCGCCGCAGCCCCCCUCCGCGCCGCGCCUCCGGGGCUGGGACCCCCGCUACGCGGGCGUCCGCCGCGGCGAUGCGCCCGCAGCUGCUGCCGCGCCGCCGGCUGCCCCGCCGGCGGUGCCCGAGAGGAAGUCGCCCCCGGCGUCGGCGCUCACCCUUCGGUGGUCCGGGAUGCUCUCCGCGGCGGCCAUUCUCCUCUGCUUCGCCUCCCUCCUCCACAGGAACUUCUCGCUGCACGACCAGGUCCACCAUUUGCGGGGACAGCUUGGUGCGGCCACCGCGAAGUUGCAGUCAUGUAUCGUCGUCAUGGACUCGUCGCUGGACAUGAGCAGCGUGUUUUCGUACGAGAGCAACGACGAGUUUGUGCCCAGCAGAAGCCUGAAGAAUUUCUCCCUGCUGCUCUCGCUGUCCGCGCUGUAUGCGCCGAUAGUUAUUCUCAAGUACAUCGACAUUCUGUCCAAGCUGAGGAGAUCACGACACUCUGAAGAUGUCGCCUUCAACAAGCGGUUGGCGUACAGAGUAGAUAUAUUUUUGUCACUUCAUCCAUACGCUAAACCCUUGGUUCUUCUUGUCGGUACAAUGUUGCUUAUCGGUCUUGGUGGACUCGCUCUUUAUGGGGUUACUGAUGAUAGCUUAUCGGAUUGCCUCUGGUUAUCGUGGACCUUUGUGGCUGAUGCGGGAAACCAUGCAAAUGCCGUUGGCGUUGGACCUAAGUUGGUUUCAGUUUCAAUCAGUAUUGGUGGGAUGUUGGUUUUUGCCAUGAUGCUUGGUCUUGUGACUGAUUCGAUCUCAGAGAAGUUUGAUUCUUUGAGGAAAGGAAGGAGCGAGGUCAUAGAGCAGAGUCACACCCUGAUCCUUGGGUGGAGUGACAAGUUGGGAUCUUUACUGAACCAAAUUUGUAUUGCUAACGAAAGUUUGGGAGGAGGGACUAUCGUAGUGAUGGCCGAGAGAGACAAAGAGGAAAUGGAAGCAGAUAUUGCUAAAAUGGAGUUUGACUUGAAAGGAACGGCUGUAAUAUGCAGAAGUGGAAGCCCUUUGAUUCUGGCUGACUUGAAAAAGGUCUCAGUUUCUAAGGCGCGUGCAAUUGUGGUUUUAGCUGAAGAAGGAAAUGCUGACCAGAGUGAUGCCCGAGCACUGCGAAUAGUCUUGAGUUUAACUGGAGUUAAAGAAGGACUAAGAGGUCACAUUGUCGUUGAGCUUAGUGAUCUUGACAAUGAAGUGCUAGUCAAACUUGUUGGUGGAGACCUUGUGGAAACUGUUGUUGCACAUGAUGUAAUAGGUCGGUUGAUGAUACAAUGCGCGCGUCAGCCGGGCCUUGCUCAGAUAUGGGAAGAUAUCCUUGGCUUCGAGAACUGUGAGUUCUACAUUAAAAGAUGGCCUCAGUUGGUCGGAAUGCAAUUUGAAGAUGUGCUGAUUAGUUUUCCUGAUGCUGUUCCAUGUGGAAUAAAGAUGGCAUCUUACGGGGGGAAGAUUAUUUUAAAUCCUGAUGAUUGUUAUGUCUUGCAAGAGGGCGAUGAGGUGAUAGUAAUUGCAGAGGAUGAUGAUACAUAUACCCCAGCACCGUUACCCAAGGUUAAAGAAGCUGUUUACAUAGACAUUGUUCGCCAUGAAAGAAACUCCCAGAAGAUUCUUCUUUGUGGAAUGCGACGGGAUAUAGAUGAUAUGAUUGUGUCUCCUGAAAGAAUAUUAUUUUGUGGUUGGCGACGUGAUAUGGAGGAUAUGAUAAUGGUACUGGAUGCUUUCCUAGCUCCAGGGUCAGAGUUGUGGAUGUUCAAUGAUGUCCCUGAGAUAGAUAGAGAAAGAAAGCUAAUUGAAGGAGGUCUGGACUUUAGUCGUCUUGAAAAUAUUACAUUGGUUCAUCGAGAAGGAAAUGCUGUUAUUCGCCGUCACUUGGAGAGCCUCCCUUUAGAGUCGUUUGAUUCUAUAUUGAUUUUGGCAGAUGAAUCUGUAGAAGAUUCAGCAAUCCAAGCUGAUUCGAGGUCUCUUGCAACGUUACUGUUGAUCAGAGAUAUUCAGGCAAAACGGCUUCCAUACAAGGAAGCGAUUGGUUCAGAUGGUUUCCGAAGAAGCUUAUCAGAAGGUUCUUGGAUGGGAGAGAUGCAACAAGCAUCUGAUAAAUCUGUUAUAAUCAGUGAGAUAUUGGAUCCUAGGACUAAAAAUUUGUUAUACAUGUCAAAAAUAAGUGACUAUGUUCUUUCAAAUGAACUCGUGAGCAUGGCAUUGGCAAUGGUCGCAGAAGAUCGCCAAAUAAAUUAUGUGUUGGAGGAGCUCUUUGCUGAACAGGGGAAUGAACUGCAAAUACGACAAUCUGACCUGUACCUUCGAGAAGACGAGGAGCUAAACUUCUUCGAGGUCAUGCUACGAGCUAGGCAGAGGAAAGAGGUUGUCAUCGGGUACCGUCUUGAGGACGCCGAGCGUGCCAUAAUCAAUCCACCAGACAAAGUUUCAAGGAGAAGGUGGUCACCCAAGGAUGUUUUUGUCGCUAUAGCUGAGAAAGAAUGA